CAUGUUGUUGUGGUUCGGAGGUUCAUAUUUUGCCCAGUUUAUAUUUCCCAGCAGUGCAAGGGAUAGCCCUUCCUAUCCCGUCCACCCUUUCUUUCUCAAAUUCAUUCGUUUGUCUUGCGGAUUUCUGAAAGGGCCUUUUGAAACCAGAACGUUUUACGCGCGUUUUGUCAGCAGAGUUUAGAAUACCCUUCCAGCUCCGUUUGGUGUAAGCUUCUUUACGUUCCCAUCCUUCCUGUUCGUUGAACACUUUUGGGCCUUUCUCCGCGAUUUUGAAUUCAUGGAAAGGCCACAUUCGAGCGACACAGCUGUUAUUCCGGGGAGCGCACCACCUCCCAGUAUGAGAACGAUUCCUUCGGCAGCGCAACCGACAUUUCACGGUUACGUUGCAUCGACGCAGGAUUGCCUUGUCUUAUUUGAAGCGUGCCGUGUGGGUGUGCUGAAGAGGAUUCAAAGGAGAUUGACCGAACAGGAAAGGGAAAAGUGCAUUAAGAGUGGUUCAGUCUUUGUAUGGGAGGAAGGUGAGAGCGGGAUAAAAAGAUGGACUGAUAGCAAAAGUUGGAGCCCUUCCAGAAUCAAGGGGAGUUUCCUCGUUUACCGCGAGGUAGACGAGGCUACCGCGCGUCGCCGCGCGUCCUCCGUUACCUCGGAUGACGAGCCUUCCUCCCCGAACACGGCUAACCUGGAUCAGGAUCAACGACGCAAGUACUCCUCCGACUCUGGAAAAAGCAACCAAAAACCCUCGCAGCUUCUCACAAAAAAGUCGAUAUCAGUGCGCACCAAAGAAGGCGGAAAAUUACAUGUUGUCUGUUAUUACACAAAGUCUGAUGUAGCAGCUGGGAGGUUGUUGACCCCCCGACAAGAUUCCAACCUUGCACAGUUGGCGGUGCGGGUGGGACUUUAUCCUGAUAUCAUUCCGGAGGUUUCAACAUUAGGACCUGCAGCCCAAAAUACGCCACCGAUGGAAAUAAGCUCGCACGCUCAAACGUCACCAACCGUAACAGAUCAACGUCCAAGAAUCCCGUCUCACCGCAGUAUUCUGCCCCCAUCAUCGACGUAUACUUCUCGUCUUGAUGAACCUCGCACUCCAGAUGCCAUUUACGCUAUCAGCGCUGCAAAAUCCCAAGAGUAUCCGUACCAAAUGUCCCCGGCCCGACGGGACGAAUAUCCAUUCCCAAUUGUUUCAGACGGAGGAGUCAGGCAUCACAAUGUAGAUGGUCCAAUCACGGCACCCACCGUGUCAUCGUAUCCCAAGUAUCCACGUCGAGCCAUGGAGUACCGAGACGGGCCAACGGGAUCGCAGAGAAACUACCGUCUACAUCCCUACCAACGCCAACACUCGAAUUUUUCAGGAUACACCUCCCCGCGCACGACGCACGAUGUACCGGAUCACUUGUUUGCACAUGGUGAGAGGGAAGUGUAUGGAGAUCGAGUUGACCAAUAUUUGACACAGCAACAGCCGUGGACCGCCUCGUCUCCUCAACGACCGCAGCAGCAGCAGCAGCAACAGCAUCAGCAGCAAGCGCCUGGUCCUAGAUUGCCGCCAUUGAGAAUGGCUUUGUCGAGGGCAGAUGAGGAAGGGCGGUGGCGGGGUUAUUAGAUGGACAUUGCAUGGGAUGGCGGAUAUAUAUACCAAAC